GGCGCCGUCUCGCGCACCACCGUCUGUGACACGCGCGCGUUUAAAUCCAGCCGCCUCUCGCCUCGAGGCAGCUGCUGAUUACAGGGCACGCGCCCGGGCUGGAGUCUGUCGGGCUCGAGCAUCGCGCGCUGUAGCGAGCCAGCGCGCGUGUGCGUUAGUGAGCCGUCUGCGCUCUGAUCCACCGGACGCCGUUAACGGAGACCGGGCUGCGGGCACCACGACCGGGAAUUCCAAACUAUCUGCAAUAAGUGUUAUUUAUUUUUAAAGCACAUUUUGUCGUCCUUUAUGAGGUGUUUGUUUUAGAUUUAUAAACCCUCCGCGUGUCCCGGAGCUGCGCACGGUGCACGCACGGGUCAGACCCCUCAGGCUGCGUCCCGGUACCGGGUACCGGCACGGAGGAUAACGGCACGGAGGAUCCCGCGAUGGAGAGAUCUAACCUUCUGAACACAAAGCAGUGAGGACAGAAAGACUCACCGCUCCAGAAAGAGUUUCUCCCCAUCGGCCUUCAUCUUGAAUAAACCCAUAGUGGCUGGGAAAGGAGCAGCAAUCCUCAGUGAAUCUGAUGCUCGUGAGCCGUGGUGCAGCGACCGCUCAAGCCUUCCUCCUCAACACCGCCUCUCCUCCGAGCGUGGCGUGAGCAGAGAGCGCAGAGAGCACCAUGGCCUCUCCCUCCCUCCCGCGGUCCACGCUGGCCCGGCUGGCGGUGGGUCUGCUGCUGCCCCUGGUGUGCCUGGCUCAGGGCAGGGAGUGCCCCCGGCUGUGUGUCUGCGAGGUGCGGCCCUGGUUCACCCCGCAGUCCACCUACAAGGAGGCGUCCACCGUGGACUGCAACGACCUCCGGCUCACGCGCAUCCCCGCCGACCUCUCGGUGGACACCCAGGUGCUGCUGCUGCAGAGCAACCUCAUCUCCCACACCAACGGGGAGCUGGAGCCGCUGCUCAACCUGACGGAGCUGGACCUGUCCCAGAACAACUUCAGCACCGUGGAGGCGGUGGGUCUGACCAGCAUGAACCAGCUCACCACCCUGCACCUCGAGGAGAACCACAUCCACCAGCUGCCCGACCACUGCCUCCGGGACCUCUCCAACCUCCAGGAGCUCUACAUCAACCACAACCAGAUCAGCUCCAUCUCCCCGGGGGCCUUCGUGGGCCUCCACAAUCUCCUGCGCCUCCACCUGAACUCCAACCGGCUGCGGGUGAUAGACAGCCGCUGGUUUGAGGCCACGCCCAACCUGGAGAUCCUGAUGAUCGGGGAGAACCCGGUCAUCGGCCUCCUGGACAUGAACUUCCAGCCCCUGGGGAGUCUGAGGAGCCUGGUUCUGGCCGGCAUGGACCUGACCGACGUCCCGGGGAACGCCCUGGUGGGGCUGGACAGCCUGGAGAGCAUCUCCUUCUACGACAACAAGCUGAUCCGGAUCCCCCAGCUCGCUCUCCAGAAGGUCCCCAACUUGAAGUUCCUGGACUUGAACAAGAACCCCGUGCACAAGCUCCAGGAGGGCGACUUCAGGAACAUGCUGCGACUGAAGGAGCUGGGCAUCAACAACAUGAUGGAGCUGGUUUCGGUGGACCGCUACGCCCUGGACAACCUCCCGGAGCUCACCAAGCUGGAGGCCACCAACAACCCCAAGCUGUCGUACGUCCACGGGAUGGCCUUCAGGGACCUGCCCUCCCUGGAGAGCCUGAUGCUCAACAACAACGCGCUGAGCGCCCUGUACCAGCGCACGGCGGAGGCCCUGCCCAACCUGCGCGAGAUCAGCCUGCACAGCAACCCGCUGCGCUGCGACUGCGUCAUCCAGUGGAUGAGCGCCAACCGCACCAUGGUGCGCUUCAUGGAGCCCCUGGCCAUGCUCUGCUACGCGCCGCCGGAGCGCCGGGGCAAGCGGGUCCGGGAGCUCCGGCUGCUGGACGCCCCGGAGCAGUGCCUGCCCCUCAUCUCGGCCGGCACCUUCCCCGCCCACCUGGACCUGGACCUGGGGAUGAGCACCGCGCUGGACUGCCGCGCCACGGCCGAGCCGGAGCCGCAGAUCUACUGGGUCACCCCCCUCGGCGCCAAGAUCACCACCGAGACCGAGUCCGAGCGGUACCACCUGAGCGGCGAGGGCACGCUGCACCUGACCCGCGUCCGGGCGGAGGACUCGGGCCGGUACACCUGCGUGGCCCAGAACACGGAAGGGGCGGACACGCGCGUGGCCACGGUCCGCGUGAACGGCACGCUGCUGGACAGCGCCCAGGUGAUGAGGAUCUACGUCAAGCAGACGGAGCCCCAUUCCAUCCUGGUCUCCUGGAGGGUCAACUCCAACGUGCUGGCCUCCAACCUCAAGUGGGCCUCGGCCACCAUGAAGAUCGACAACCCGCACAUCACCUACACGGCCCGCGUGCCCGUGGACGUGCACGAGUACAACCUGACGCACCUGCAGCCCGCCACCGAGUACGAGGUGUGCCUCAGCGUGUCCAACGUCCACAUGCAGACGCACAAGUCCUGCGUCAACGUGACCACCGGCAGCGCCGCCGCCUUCGCCCCGGACGCGUCGGACCCGCGGCCAAGCACGGCCGUGCUGGCCGUCAUGGCGACCGUGCUGGCCUGCGUCAGCCUGGCCACGGCGGGGGUGUGCCUGAGCCGCCGCUGGAGGAGGAAGAACUACCAGCACUCCCUGAAGAAGUACAUGCAGAAGACCUCGAGCAUCCCACUGAACGAACUGUACCCGCCGCUCAUCAACCUGUGGGAGGCGGACGGCGAGAAGGAGAAGGACGGCGGCGGCGGUGGCGGAGGUGGCGGCGAGGGCAAGCUGUCCCCCGUGGACACCACGCGGAGCUACUACAUGUGGUGAGGGUCGCGCAGACCCCCCACAGAGACCCCCCACGGACACACUGCGGCCGUUAAGGUGCAAGAGGCGCACAAAGGGGACAAAGGAUUUAUUCAGUGUUGGUAGCUUUGCUGAGACGUUGCAGAGCGAUCGAGGACGUGAUUCCCUUCUCUUCUUUAACUAUGAUAGUGUAUCGCCUGGGUUGGACUCUUUCUUUCUGGGUUUGGACUCUGAAGGCCGUGUUCACUGGAUGAUCAGUGAAAGGCUCUAACACAUCGGUAGGUAGAAAACUUAACACGUGGGUCGAUUAACGCGUUCAUUGACCCACAGGAGACUUUGGUGCGCUGACUACGGCGCCACUGGGCAGGUGAUUUAUGUACGGUGCCACUGGGAAGGUGAUUUACCUCCAUGGAUGGCCUGACUCUAACGUACUGUAAACCACGGCUGAGCUGAGGUUACCCGUGUUAACCUGUAAUGCUAUACCGAUUAGUGUGUUUUGUAAAGUGUUUUUUUUCACUUGCAUAGUUGCAAAGCGCAUAGUGCGUCCACUUGUUUAACGUGAUUCUGAAAUAUAUCCGAUAUACUGAAUAUGUUGUUUUAUUCGUCCACAUUGGAAGGAGGCUGUAGAGUAGGAGGUGGUUUGUGAGGAGACAUAGAGGAGACAGAGGACAGCAGAGGAAACAAGGGUUGUCGGAGAGGUCUUUCAUUCGUCAGAGCCGGGUGCCCCCUCAGGAUAUACAGCCUAUAUAUAUACAGUAUAAAUAUAUAUAGGGGGGCAGGCCUCUACUGUGGUCUAUAAUCCAAGACCACCAAUCUUUUAAUAUUAAAAUAUAUUAGAUAUGUUUUUUUUAUUGAAGAAUGUAAGAACCCAGCACAAUGACACAAAGACAUCUGCAUCGCAAAUCACUUCACCACGUAUUUAUCAAUCACACGGAUUCAGUUCUGUCACGACAAUAAAAGCACAAGGUAGCGGUUUUCUCUUCGUUUCUCUGCACUCAGCUCGCACGGCAAAAUGUCGAUUUUUUUUCACUCUGACUCCAUAAUGUGUGCCGUUUUAUUUUAAGCCUCUUCACUUAUAGUGCAUGGUAGAGUACAGCAGUCCCUCGUUAACAUGGCCCUGUAUGGCAGCUAUGUUUAGCCUUUAGGUGGAGGGCUGUCUGCGCUGUAUAUGUUUUUUACUCUUUAACACGACGCUCUUCCACUUAACGAUGCAGUCUCUUCGGUCUUCUUGCAGUAGGAGUUGGGAUCAAAGGCUCUUUGUGUUUUCCUUUCAAACAGUUGAUCUGUUGUGCACUGACUGAUGGGUAAUGGAGUUGUUUUAACUUCAAAGUAAAGGCUGACAGACGGGUUGAGACGUGUUACUGUCUACUGAAUAAUGUUAGCCAUUGUGCAGUAAUGUUGUAUCAACUAUAAUUUUGACCUUUGAUUAUAUUCCAAGGAAUUAGGGGUUUUAGUUUGGGAGAAAUGUGGUGUUCAAUGAUAGAAAACAUGAAUGUAUAAUUAAUAGCGUUCAUGAUUAUUAACUACUGUAUUAUAUUCUAGGAACUUUUAUCUUACUACAUUUGAUAGCCAUUGCUUAGAUUAUUAAUUCCACGUGUAAAAUGUACACUACGGAUGUUCAAAUAAAUAAGUUUUGUUCUUUUGCAUUUAA